CUCAAGUACCGAACUAUCAAGGCGAUAAACAUGCCUACUCGGAACGACGUGACACCGGGUCGAACGCCGCCAGAGCCAACUCCCGAUAGCCAACCGUACGGAGACGAUGUAGACUACCGAGCCGGCAUGCUCAUCUGGUAUUGUGACGAUCUCGAGCUCUCUUACAGUGAGACAGUGAGAAGGUACAGACUCAAGUUUCCAGAUGAGAGGUCCAUAACCGAAGACACUGUGCGCAAGAGACACAUCCUUUUCAUUGAGAAGCUGGCAAGAAGGUUCGGUUUAAAGCCAGAAGACGAGAUCGAAGAGCCCGGCGGUAGGGUCGCAAUUCGCGGCAAACAGAUAGGUCACAAGUAUAACACCAUCAAUGGCGUACGCGUCUACGCUGCUGCUGCCGGGCAUGAUGUGGCCGGGACCGUCCGCCGUCGAAGAACAGGCAACGAGCCAACCACACAUAGAGGGUUCUUGAAGGCGUGCAUCUGCGUCUGGAAAGACACCUCAAAUGUCAGCAACGAAGAGAUCAAGCAGAGGUUGCAGAAAGAUUACGGCUGGAACAUUGGCGCAAACACGGUCAACAAGCUGUACUACUCGGAGCGUGCGCGAGUGUACGACACAUACGAUAACGGCACGAGCGACCAAGAAGCU